UUCCACUUGCAUUUAGAUAAUUAAACUGUCGCCUCAAUAUAACAAAACAUUUCGCAGAUUACAUUGUAUUACGUAUCCUCGCGUGGUGAUAAGAAUUUGUUUAUUAAAAAGUCAAAACGACCUUUAGUACCGCUAAUCUAACAAACCAGUCUUAGGAGAGCCACAGACGGGGACAACGAGUGUUAAUAACAGUGUUCAGUGAGGCAAAAUGGUUGCGAGGAAAAGAGUUCUCGACUUGUUGCAAGUCAUCACCAGCAACUCAUGUAAAUGUCCGGCUCACUCCCAUGGAUCCGUCUCACAUUCCAGCAGUCUGCCGAACGCCCUGCCCUCGAAAGAAUACGCAUUUGAAAUGGCCUCAUCGACUGUUCGUUAUGGAAAGGGGGUGACCAGAGAAAUCGGCCAGGAUAUGGUCAACUUCAAAGCAAAAAAAGUUGCAGUCUUCACCGACCCUAACUUGGCAAAACUGCAACCAGUUAAAACCACCAUCGAAUCUCUCACCAAAAACGGAGUUGCUUUUGAAGUAUUCGAUAAAGUUAGAGUUGAACCAACCGACGCUAGUUUGUUAGAAGCAACCAAAUUCGCUCGUUCUCAAAACUUCGAUGCUUAUAUUGCAGUAGGUGGUGGCUCAGUAAUGGAUACAGCCAAAGCCGCCAAUUUAUACGCAUCAGACCCCGAUGCUGAAUUAUUGGACUAUGUCAACGCCCCAAUUGGCAAAGGAAAGGUCGUUAAGGUACCCCUGAAGCCUCUCAUUGCUAUUCCAACAACCUCAGGAACGGGUAGUGAAACAACUGGAGUGAGCAUUUUUGAUUAUAAACCGUUGCAAGCCAAAACUGGUAUCGCCAGUAGAGCCCUGAAGCCCACCUUGGGAAUCGUCGAUCCACUCCACACUCUGUCACUUCCAGAAAGAGUCACCGCCUUCAGUGGCUUCGACGUGUUCUGCCACGCCUUGGAGUCGUUCACAGCCAUUCCUUUCGAUGAAAGAACUCCCUGUCCCCCAAACCCCAACGAAAGACCUACUUAUCAAGGAAGAAACCCAAUUUCUGAUGUGUGGGCCAGAUACGCCCUUAACAUAAUCGCCAAGUACUUUGAAAGAGCUGUUUAUAACCAAGACGACAUAGAAGCCAGAGCUUCCAUGCACUUGGCUUCCACCAUGGCUGGCGUAGGUUUCGGCAACGCCGGCGUCCACUUGUGUCACGGUUUGUCCUAUCCGAUUUCCGGUAAUGUCAGAUCGUUCGUACCCAACGACUACAGUGACGACCAUCCGAUUAUUCCUCACGGCUUGUCCGUCGUUGUGACCGGUCCAGCCGUCUUCCGUUUCACUUCAUCCGCUUGUCCGGAAAGACAUUUGGAAGCCGCACAGAUUUUGGGUACAGACGUCUCUAACGCUAAGAGGGAGGAUGCCGGAGCUAUUUUGGGAGAUACUGUAAGGAGGUACAUGGACAAGAUGAAAAUUGAGAACGGUUUAGGAGCACUUGGUUUCAAGAAAGAUGAUAUUCCACAGCUGGUUAAAGGAACACUACCACAGAAACGCGUUACUAAAAUGGCUCCAAGGGAACAAUCUGAAGAAGACUUGGCCAGCCUGUUUGAAAAUUCCAUGAGUGUUUAUUAAGCAUUUAAUUUUUUGUACUAAUUGUGGUACAUUGAAAGUAUAACAUAACUAAUAAUUAGUUGCAGGAAUUCACAAGAGCUUUUUGUAUUAUUUGUAAAAUUGUAUAAAUAAAAUUGUUAUCUACAAAUAA